GAGAGAGGCUCACACACUGAGUGGGAGACAGACCGAGCCAGACGGCGCAGAUAAGCCGUAUUUCAGGCGCACUUUGGAGUGCGUAAAACCACACACAACCCGGCGAUUGUGCUUUGGAUAAGGCGACUUUGGGAACAGCAGUUGUCGACUUUAUUUUCUUUCGCGAACAAGAACAGCCCUGACUCUGGGAGCCUUCCGUUUUCUGAAUGGACGCGCUGGGAAGCUUCUCCAGUGACAUGGAAAUGUGCGUUAUUGAGCGUGUGGCCGGAUGCUGAGGACGACCGAUCCGAUCAGUCAAUUUCUGCCUUCGUUUUGACUUUUCAACUCUAGUUCUUCGAGCUAGCGAAACAAACAUGGAGGCCGCCAGCUUCCAGCCUCAUCCCGGACUUCAACAAACUCUGCAGCAGUUCCACCUGAGCUCCAUGCGCUCCUUGGGCGGACCGGCCGCCUUCUCUGCGCGCUGGAACCAGGACGCUCUCUACAAGAAAGACGGAAAACCCAACGAGCUGGUGCUCGCUCUGCCCGCGCAGACACCCCCGGUAAUGUCCGGGCCACUUUUCAUCCCGUCCGACCGCUCCACGGAGCGCUGCGAGACGGUGCUUGAGCGCGAGCCCAUCUCGUGCUUCGUGGUCGGGGGAGAGAAGCGCCUGUGCCUCCCGCAAAUCCUCAACAGCGUCCUGAGAGACUUCUCCCUCCAGCAGAUCAACUCCGUGUGUGACGACCUGCACAUCUACUGCUCCCGCUGCACCGCGGACCAGCUGGAGAUCCUCAAAGUGGUGGGCAUUCUGCCCUUCUCCGCUCCGUCCUGCGGGCUCAUCACACAGACCGACGCGGAGCGCCUUUGCAACGCUCUCAUCUACGGCGGCUCGUACCCGCCGCACUGCAACAAGGAGCUAGGGUCUCUGGAGCUGGAGCGGACCGAGAAGAGCUUCAAAGUGUACCACGAGUGUUUCGGCCGCUGCAAAGGACUUUUUGUACCGGAGCUGUACAGCGGGCCGAGCGCCGCCUGUAUCCAGUGCUUGGACUGCAGACUCAUGUUCCCUCCUCACAAGUUUGUGGUUCACAGCCACAAGCGGCUGGAGAACCGGACAGUGCACUGGGGGUUCGACUCGGCCAACUGGCGGGCUUAUGUGCUCCUGGACCUGGACUACACCGACAAGGAGGAGAAGAUCCACCUGGAGCAGCUGCUCAAAGAGUUAAAGGGAAGAUAUGAUCUGAGUGGCAAACUGUCCAAUAAAUCGUGCAGAUCUCCCAGCCCCAUCCCGGCAAAGAGGUCCAAACUCGACAAGUUACUCUCAUCUUCGGCUGAAAAAGACCGUAAACCCGAGUGGCUGCAGUCUCUGUCGAAGUCUGCUCAUAAGGAUCUUAAACAGGUCCAACUGAAACAGAGACCUUCUGCUUUCCGGCCCUGGUCUCCCAAAGCAGUGGAAAAAGAGAAACCACCCAUUCAGAAAGAAGAGAAGCCCUACUCCAGAAAUGAGGAAAACGGAGCAGUACCCAACAUGGCUCCUGUGGUCCCUCCAGUGCAUCCUAGAGACAGCCAUGCUCCAGGCAGGGGGCCCAAUGCCAUUUCCAAGCCCCCACACGAGCUGCAAAAUGGGGACGCCAAACCCAAGCUCAAACCAGCACCAGCCUCCAGUUUGAACAAUAACAGCAGAGGAGAAGACAUGGACACAGACGGAGAGAUAGACGUGGACGACUGCAAUGAGCACCCAGUGACAUCUUCGUCCCUCCCCUCUCCGCCGUCAGCUUGCAGUAGUGUGUCCCAGACCAUGACCACCCAGACCACCCCUCGGUCUCAGGAUGGCCCCGUGUGGUUACCGGGGAGCAUCAGUCCGGAGAUGGACAGUUUGAGGCAGAUGCUCUAUGGAGGUCUGGAAACCAAAGAGUCUAGAGAAAAACUCCUCCAGGAGAUUGUCCGGAUGAGGGUGAAGCAGGAGGAGAAGCUAGCUGCAGCGGUGCAGGCAAAACGCAGUCUACAGCAGGAGCUGGAGUUUGUGCGAGUGGCUAAGAAGGGUCGUCUUCGUGAGGCCAUUGAAGCCAAGCGUAACCUGCGCAAAGAGAUUGAGCGUCUGCGUGUGGACUGGGACAGAAAGAUGAGGGAGGCGGAGGAGUCGUGCGGGCGCCUCAGACGAGAGCUGGAGCAGGAGAGGCAGCUCCGAGUGUGUGACAAAGGCUGUGAGGCCGAGCGGAUGAGGGCCAAGUACUCCACUCAGAUCAAGGAUCUGCACAUGCAACUGCAACAGGCCGAAGCCGAUCGUGAGCAGCUGAGGCAGGAGCUACAGCAGGAGAGAGAAGCGCGUCAGAGUUUGGAGAGCGUAGUCAAAGAGCUACAGAGCCAACUGUCCCUGCAAAUCAAAAACAACAUCCACCACAACAUUAACAACAAUAUCAACAACUGCGCAUCUCCAGAUGCUAAAGAGGCUACCAGGGAGGCUCAGAGCUCACAGAACACCUGCAAAUCCUAAUACUUCACAAUCAUUCAUUUACAGACUCGAAUCCAAUGAGAUUUACCAAGGACUGCGCUGAAUCUUUCUCUGUAAGGAAUAAAAGAUCAGCUAGAUAAAUGCAACAUUUGGUAGAGAAGCGGACUGUCACAUAUAAUAUAAAAUGAUACAAAUGGAUAUUAUUAUGAUGCUAUAUAGGUUUUAUAAACUGGAAUGCAUGAUUUCUGAGCAUGAUGUUACUGAACUUUUUCACAUCUAACUCCGUUACAAAACCCUGUCCAAGGACUCUCUUUUAUUAUUUCGGUAUAAUAUAAGCUAUUUUUAAAAAUGUGCAAAUACAGCCACAUAACACUACUUGAAAAUGAAGGGAAGAAGAAACCAAGUCAACCAUGACGAAAUGUUUUUGGUGCCACAACAAUGAACUGGUACACACCACUGGAAACCAGAGACACCAGUUUGCCACUAUUUACUUUUAAUAACCGCUUGCUUUUUAUAAUUGCGUUGAGGAUGGACGUAUUAAGAAUUAUCGCUUGCACCAUUAUUCCACAAAAGGCAAGAGAAGACAUUCAUAUUGUAUGCAUGUAUACCAGCUUGUACUUUUUGUAUUGUAUCAACCUGAAGUAUUGGAGUUUGUAGUGGGCUGCGUUCAAGUCCACCACCGUUUUAUGCUUUUAGGUAUUUUAACGGAAGUGUUACUUUUUAAUAUUCUUCUUAUGCAACUUUAGUUUGUGGUUUGUUUCCCAGUUAUUUGCAACCAAAUGUUACAUGUAUGAAUAGCAAUUAUUCCCACCCACAGAUUUGUCAAGCCUUAGCCCGGUCAGCCAUCCUAAUUACGUUUGUCAAAUAACUGUUGCUUGUAUUUGAUUGUUAGUUGUUUUCAGGCCGUUAGCAAGAUUACUAGAGAAUUGUUGACUUUUAUAAAUAACUGGUUAAUGACAUGCCAGGGCAAAGUAAGAGUGAAGAAAACUGUUUAUGAAUGAAGUUUAUUAAGGAUUGUGAGGUUGUAUCUUUGACCCUAUUUCAGUUCACCUAAGGUCUAAAAGCACUUCACGGCCUAUGCAAAAACUGUGUAUGGUCCCUUGAGUUAGAUGUUCAGGGGGAGGGACGAAGAAACAUGAUUGGUGACUGGUACAAUGACGAUAAAUGAAUGUAAUGUCCAUCUAAUUGGAGAAGAUACAAGAUGGCUGGCCAGACUACAGAUGCCCUUAAAAAAGACAAAAAACAAAAAUCUUUUGUUGCAAUGUGGUACUUCUGAUUUUGUAACGAGUAUUGUAAGAUAAUUUAUAUACUAUAAUAUAAUUGCUGCCUAUCAACAGAAAGCAUUCAUUUUUAGUCACUGGUUGUAGAGCUCUUAAAUCAACAAAUGCUGUUUAUAAGAACAACAUUUCUACAUACUAUAUAAAAAAAUAUGGAUAUAUUUUUGUACUUAAAAAAGAAAAAGGAAUUGCACUUUUUAACAAAAACAAAACCUUGCAUAGCGCAUUGUAAAACUGUUACAUUUUCAAACCACACAGACUUUGAAUUAGAACACACUUCCUCUCCUGUAAAUACAAUGUAAAUAAGAUUCUUGUCAUUAUGUUUGCUUGCUCCAAAAUUGAUUAUUAUUUUUCGCUUUUUACUUGAAACCAAAAAGAAGAGAGUAUAUUAGGAUUUGCAAUCACAGAGCAUUCUGCAAAGUGGAUGGUUGCUGAAUGCACAGAAGAGAAAAGAAAUGUUACCACACCACCAAUGUAAUAUUAUACAAUUCCCCUAUUCGUUUAUUUGAGAAUAUGUAUGUAUUAUUUGCUGCGUAUGGAAUAUAUCUGUAAGACCACAGACCAAAAUCAUUCAGAGGUGCACCCACGGCUGGUUUAGGUGCUGUCCUAUUAACUUCUAUGUCUUACCAUUAUAAAAAGCCCUCAUUCAGUAUUUGUUGGGUACAGUGUAAUAGCAAUAUUCAUAUUGAUAGAUGAUGCUGUUGUAGUUUUGGUUUGGAAGUGGGAUUUCACUUGACUCUUGUUUCAAUGUUUUCUUUUACCUUCAGAAAACUUGUAUACUGCCCAUUAAAAGUUU